AUGUCUGACUUUGAUUCUAUAACUGCAUUGCUUAAAAAAUAUGAUCAAGAACAUAUUAUUAAAUUUUGGAACAGACUCAGUGAAAAAGAAAAAGAAUUUCUGUUAGAAGAUAUUCGUGAACUGAACAUUCCUGAAGUGGUUGGAAUGUUUAAAAAAACUGUAGAAACUAUGAAUGCCAAUCAUCAAAAAUUGGAUAAUAGAAUGAAUCCUAUACCCGCUGAACUAUACGGUGCUGUGAACCGUAGCCCAAAAGAACUUUUGAUUAAAUAUGAGCAAAUUGGACUAGAGCAGAUAUCUCAAGGUAAAGUUGGAGUCUUGUUAAUGGCUGGAGGGCAAGGUACAAGGCUUGGAGUUAACUACCCUAAAGGUAUGUAUGACAUCGGUUUACCUUCUCAUAAAUCAUUAUACCGUAUACAAGGGGAACGUAUUCGCUGCCUGAUUAGGCUAGCAAAUAAAGAUUUUGGAAGCAGUAAAGGUUUACCUUGGUUUAUAAUGACUAGUGAACACACUAUGGAACCUACUCGUAAAUACUUCAAGGAAAAUAAUUAUUUUGGCCUAGAUGAAAAACAAAUUUAUUUUUUUGAUCAAUAUAUGUUGCCAGCAUUUACAUUUGAUGGGAAAAUCAUUAUGGAAGGCUUAAAUAAAAUAUCUAAAUCUCCAGAUGGUAACGGUGGUAUAUAUAAAGCUUUACGUGAUCGUAACAUAUUGGAUGAGAUUAAAAGGCUAGGUGUUCAAUACCUCCAUGCUCAUAGUGUAGAUAAUAUAUUAGUUAAAGUAGCAGAUCCAAUAUUUAUUGGGUACUGCAUAACAAAGAAUGCUGAAUGUGGGGCAAAAGUCGUUGAAAAAGCAUAUCCUUCUGAGCCACUAGGUGUUGUAUGUGAAGUUGAUGGAAAAUUUCAAGUUGUUGAAUAUAGUGAAAUCACUGAAACCACAGCUGAAAAAAGAAAUCCUGAUGGUCGUUUAACCUUUAGUGCUGGUAAUAUUUGCAACCAUUUUUUUACAACUGAUUUUUUAAACAGUGUUGCACAUAAAUAUAAUAGUAAAUUAAAACUGCAUGUGGCUAAAAAAAAAAUAUCUUUUGUGAAUGAUGAUGGCAUCGUAUGCAAACCAGAAGAACCAAAUGGUAUCAAAAUGGAGAAAUUUAUAUUUGAUGUAUUUGAAUUUUGCAAUCGUCUUGCUGUUUGGGAAGUAGAAAGAGACGAAGAAUUUAGUGCUUUGAAGAAUGCAGAUGUGCCCAAUGGUAAAGAUAACCCUAAAACUUCUCGCUUAGAUGUCUUUUCACUUCAUAGAAAAUUUGUUGAAAAAUCUGGAGGACAAUUUACAACAGAAAACAUUGAAUGUGAGAUUUCACCUCUAUUAUCUUACGCUGGUGAAGGUCUUACGCACUUGGUUGAUGGUAGAAUUUUCAAUUCUUUACUGGAAUUAAAAUCUGCCGAAGAAAUAUCUACAAAUAGUUCUAAUGUAAAUUAA